CAAAGUUAAAUUGAAUAACUAAAAAUAAGUUAAUAUCCGGGAUAUUCGCGCAUGGGAACUUGAAAAUGAUGUUUUCCUCGAAUCGGAUCCAAUGUUUGUUUUUUAUUCUCCUAGCAAUAUUGAAAAGCUCUUCAACAUUGCCACCUGUCAUCCGCAUUGGUGCUAUAUCAUCCGACAAACAAAAUGGUCCAACCGACCAAGCAUUCCAGUACGCUAUAAGCAGGAUUAACCAGGACAAAAGUUUGCUGCCGGACACAAAAUUCUCGUUUGAUUUACAGCAUGUGGCUAAAUAUGAUUCGUUUCAUGCCUGCCAAAAGGUUUGCACACAAAUUAAGUCAGGCAUACAAGCCAUGUUUGGACCAUUUAAUGCUAUAUUGGGUUCUCAUAUUCAUUCCAUAUGUGAUGCUCUCGAUAUACCUCAUUUGGAAACGCGAAUUGAUCUUGAUGUUGCCAAAACGGAGUUUUCUAUUAAUCUGCAUCCGACACAAGCCUACGUGAAUACAGCAUUCGAAGAUGUCAUUCGUUAUUUGAAUUGGACCAGAGCGGGAAUACUUUAUGAGAGAGAUUAUGGUGAGUUUUUGUUAGGCUUAUUUCCAACUUUCUUUUACAUGUGAAAUUUUUGGUAUCGGAAUGCGGUUUUAAUUUCCAUAAUUUAUAAUUCCAUAAAAAACUGUACUUUUAAAAAUAUCAUGUCGAAGUUCUUUUUAUGUACAUUUGAUACUUAGUAAUCUGUAAAUACUCGCAUGCAUGCUUGCCCUGUUUUGCUAAAUUAUAAGACAUACGAAAUAUAAAUACGUCUUACUGGUCUGUAAACAUAUUGAUGAAACUUUCUAUAUACAGCUCGGGUAUUGGUAAUUCCUAAAAAUUAUAACAACUAAACGGUAAAACUUUAGAAAGUGGAACAUAGAAUAAAUUAAAUACGUAUUAUAAAACUAUACCAUGUCCUCUAAUUUUCCUGUAUACUCGUACUAUAGAUUACUAUCAGCAAAAAUUUUACUUCAAUCGUGGAUUAUACUGGUGAACAACCAUUAUUUUUAGAGAUGCCCAAAGGAAACACUUUGAGGGAUUUUGAGAAAGGGUAGAUUUCCUGCCACCGAUGUAAAGGAUUUGUACUCCCAUAAUACAGAAGGCCUUAAAACGUAAUCCAAACAAAUGUUUGUUUGAAACAGCGUUUUCGAAACCAAAAGUUAAUAAAAAAUAAAUUAACAAAAAUUUUAACACAGAUCAUCUACAUCGAAUUAAGAGUUAUGAGUCUGAAAUGUCAUAGGUAUUGAUAGCAUAAUCAAUAGUAACCCGAACUGAAUCCUGAUUUUAUAUUUUGCUUAUAACGUAGAUACAUUUUAACCAUUGAGUAAUAUUUUGGUUUUUUUUCCUAUUUUACUUAUAACUUAGAAGCUUUUCACUUAAAAAAAAAUAUUAUAUAAUGUCUCAAGAGCUGAAAAACCAACCCCUGUUUGACAGAAGGCCUCCUCAGUAGGAUAGGUUACUGACGAGCAGUGAGCAAAGAGUUGGCAAACAGAUCGGGUAUAUGACUCCACAAAUGCCGAGGUGGAAGAUAUAUUACAUUUUUCCAUGUUAAAUUCAAUAAAUUUUGUUACAUAUUCAGUUGAAAAAAGAAAAUCCUGGCACAGCUGGCUAAUAAAA